AUGUCUACGAGAUGGAUCGAUCAAGUACCAGAGCCGAAAACGACGACGACGACGCAACCUCCCCAACAGAUGCAGGUGUUAUGUCUCGGUCUCUCCCGAACAGGAACCAUGUCAAUAUGGACCGCAUUGAAAAUGCUCGGAUACCGCACCUAUCAUUUCAAAGAAAUCCACAAACCGGAAAACCUACGAGACAAACAUUUGCUCUGUUGGCGAGAAGCUUUUUAUGCCAAAUUAUAUGGCAGUGGGAAACCAUAUUCACACGAGGAUUUUUACAAACUUUUGCAGAGAUAUGAUGCCGUGACCGAUGCACCUGCUGUCAAUUUUUCGGAUGACUUGAUAGCGGCCUAUCCUGGCGCCAAAGUAGUUCUCAGCACACGAAAUCCGGAGAGAUGGUUAGAGUCCAUGGUUCGCAGUUAUCAUGCUGUGUUGGAGUCCCCCGUCUUCCGCAUCGCGCUGACAUACAUUAUCCCACAGCCACUGAGCUUGUUGAGUGAAGUGUUCGAACUGGUUCUGCGCGACUUGACGGGUGGUGAUUGGCGCAGCCGGCAGAAACUGAGCGAAGCUUUUGAUCGACACAAUGCGCAUAUUCGGGCGAUCGUGCCCAAGGAGAAUCUGCUCGAGUGGGAGCCGAGUCACGGGUGGGAGCCGCUCUGCAAUUUUUUGGGCAAACCUGUGCCAGACGAUCCGUUUCCUCAUUCGAAUCAGGGAGAUGAUGUGGCGAAGGGUUUACUCAUGUACGCGAGGUUGCGGAUCGCGAAAUGGACGUUGCGAAAAGCGUCCUGGCCGAUGGCAAGUGUGAUGCUUGCAGGAGCCUCUUGGCUUCUUUGGAGGAGGAUGAGCCUAGGUUUCGCAUAA